AAGUCUACACAAGAAAAGAAUAUUACAUCUCUAAACUAAAAUUCAAUCCCAAAAGCUGCUAGAUCAAGUGGGUAUUAACUAUUAAGUCGCACAUAACUCAACUCUUCCAUUACAAUUUAAGCAUACACCUACGACCUAUCUAAGCAAAAUUAUCGUAAAUUAACCCUUCACUCCUCACCUUCCAUAUUAUAUUGUCCUUUUUCUGUUUUCUCCCCUUCCCAAUUCGUCGAAAUAAAAUCUUAACUCAUGCAGUCGAUCUCAUUCUAAUAGUAUUAUUAUUGUUGGACCAUUAAUUCAGUGUAGAGAUAAAUCCCGACAGUACAGUAUAAAUGAGGAGAGAGAGAAGUGAAGGGUUUGAUUGGAAGGUUGGAUUAGUUGGUCCCGCGCAUUUCGUAAACUUAACUUGAAAGUUGAAAAUUGAAAUUAUAGAGUUUUCCACACUAUAAAUGAGGAAACUCAAGAAUUUGUGCUCCCCACGUCGUUUCCAGAAUUGCAAAAACAAACAUCACCUGGAUUCUGGAAAUAAUAUGGAAAACGCACAAAGGAGCAAUGUUUGCAACACUGAAGUUGAUGAGCAUGGGAUAGGAGAUAUGGGCAGAACAAGCAGUGACCCUGUGAAAAAUAUUUUAUUGAACCAUGAUUUUGCCCAUGGUUUGCAUUCAUGGCGCUCCAAUCACUGUGAUGUGUUGAUGGUGUCACCUAAGUCUGGAAUCACUGAAGGAAUGUCAGCAAAUUAUGCUUUAGUUACAAAUAGGGAACAAUGCUGGCAUGGAUUGGAGCAAGAUAUAACAAGUAGAGUAUCUCUAGAUACCACAUAUAGAGUUUCUGCCUGUGUCCGAGUGUCUGGAUCAGAUCAGGGAUCUUCUAAUGUUCAAGCCACACUGAAAUUAGAUUAUAAAGGAUCUGACACCAAGUAUUUGUGCAUUGAAAGGAUUCCAGUGUCAAAGGAGAAUUGGGAGACUUUGGAGGGAAAUUUCACGCUCUCGACAUUGCCUGAUCGUGUUGUGUUUUAUUUGGAGGGGCCCCAUCCUGGUGUAGAUCUGCUUAUCAGAUCUGUGGUCAUUUCUUGGUCCAGCCCCACAGUAUGUGAAAAGAUGCAAGGAAAUAUGGAUGAUACAAGGACUGAACAUCCUGAAAACAUUAUACUGAAUCACAACUUUUUACAAGGCCUGCAUAUGUGGCACCCUAAUGGUUGUGAUGCUUCUGUAGUGUCACCUGAGUCAGAAACUGCUGAAGGAGUAUCAACAAAAUUGAGCGGCGGCUAUGCAAGGAUUACAAAUAGGAAGGAGUGCUGGCAAGGAUUGGAAAAAGAUAUCACGAGCCUUGUCUCUAGUGGUUCUACUUAUAAAAUUUCUGCACAAGUUGGAGUGUCAGGAAUUCAUGAAGCUUCCAACAUUCAAGCCACACUGAAAUUAGAGUACAAAGGAUCUGAAACCAAGUAUUUGUCCGUCAAAAGGAUUUCGGCCUCGAAUGACAAAUGGGAGACCUUGGAAGGAACUUUCGUGCUCUCAACAAUUCCUGACAGUGUUGUGUUCUAUCUGGAAGGACCCAACCCCGGCGCAGAUUUGCUUGUAAAAUCAGUCAUAAUAUCCUGUUCCAGUUCCAGUCCCAAUAAGACUGCUAGCAGAUGUAGGAAUGAUGAAGAUGAGAAUAUAAUUAUUAACCCAACGUUUGAAAAUGGACUCAAUAACUGGUCAGGAAGGGGUUGCAAAGUUGUGUUGCACGACUCAAUGGCAGAUGGGAAGAUUACACCACAGACUGGCAAGUUUUUUGCUGCAGCAACAGAACGAACACAAUCUUGGAACGGAAUUCAACAGGAUAUUACACCUAGAAUUAAGAGGAAGUUGGCUUACGAGGUUACUGCUGUUGUUAGAAUAUAUGGUAUUAAUGUUACAAGUGCUGAUGUCCGAGCUACAUUGUGGGUUAAAACACCUGAUAAUCGUGAGCAGUAUAUAGGAAUCUCAAAGGUACAGGCAACAGACAAAGAUUGGGCGCAGCUCCAGGGGAAAUUUCUUAUUAAUGGCUCCCCGUCAAGUGUAGUUGUUUAUUUGGAAGGACCACCUGCUGGUACUGACAUUCUUCUUAACAGUUUCAUAGUAAAGCAUGCACCCAAAACUCCUCCAUCUACUCCACCAACUAUUCAGUUUGCUUCCUUUGGAGUUAAUAUAAUCCAAAACAGUGAACUAAUUAAUGGCACGAAUGGCUGGUUUCCUCUUGGCAAUUGCACGUUAAGCGUGGGAAGUGGCUCACCGCAUAUCCUUCCUCCAAUGGCCAGCGAUUCUCUAGGACCUCAUGAGCCAUUGAGUGGGCAUUACAUCCUUGCGAUGAAUCGCACGCAAAACUGGAUGGGUCCCGCUCAGAUGAUUACUGACAAACUGGAGCUCUUUCUGACAUAUCAGGUUGCUGCUUGGGUGAAAGUUGGGUCUACUGCUUCAGGACCACAGAAUGUCAAUAUCGCACUGAGUGUGGAUGGUCAGUGGGUCAAUGGAGGCCAAGUUGAGAUCACUGACGACAGAUGGCACGAAAUUGGUGGUUCUUUCAGGAUCGAGAAGCAACCAUCAAAGGUCAUGGUUUAUAUUCAGGGCCCUGGUCCAGGAGUUGACUUAAUGCUCGGAAGUCUUCAGAUUUUUGCUGUCGAUAGACAAGCUAGGUUCAAACAUUUGAGACGACAGACUGAUAAGGUACGUAAACGUGAUGUAGUCUUGAAAUUCACGGGAGACAGCAUAUCUGGCAACUUUGUGAAAGUGAGGCAAACAAAGAACAGCUUCCCUUUUGGCUCCUGCAUGAGUAGGAUGAACUUAGACAAUGAAGACUUUGUGAACUUCUUUGUGAAGAACUUUAAUUGGGCGGUGUUUGGAAAUGAACUCAAGUGGUAUUGGACUGAAGCACAACGAGGGAAUUAUAACUACAAGGAUGCAGAUGACAUGUUGGAUUUAUGCCAAAAGAACAACAUAGAAGCUCGAGGGCAUUGCAUCUUCUGGGAAGUUGAGGACACAGUUCAAUAUUGGAUAAAAACCCUUAGUAAAGAUGACCUAAUGGCAGCAGUCCAAAACCGCCUCACAGGCCUCCUUACUCGUUACAAAGGGAAGUUCAGGCACUAUGAUGUCAAUAAUGAGAUGUUGCAUGGAUCAUAUUACCAGGAUCAUUUAGGUAAAGAUAUUCGAGCUAAUAUGUUUAAGACAGCAAACAAGCUAGACCCAUCUGCCCUUUUAUUUGUAAAUGACUACCAUGUUGAAGAUGGGAAUGAUCCAAGAUCAAGCCCCGAGAAGUACAUUGAGCAAGUGUUAAGCUUGCAAGAGCAAGGUGCACCAGUAGGCGGGUUGGGAAUUCAAGGACAUAUCGAUAGUCCUAUUGGCUCAGUUGUAUGUUCUGCCCUUGAUAAGUUGGGCAUCCUUGGCCUACCAAUAUGGUUCACUGAGCUCGAUGUUUCUUCGACUAAUGAGUAUGUAAGAGCAGAUGAUUUAGAAGUCAUGCUUCGGGAGGUCUUUGCUCAUCCAGCUGUAGAAGGAGUCAUGUUAUGGGGAUUCUGGGAAUUAUUUAUGAGCAGGGAGAAUUCGCACCUUGUAAGUGCAGAAGGUGAUAUCAAUGAAGCGGGUAAGAGGUAUCUCGAGCUCAAGCGUGAAUGGUUAACUCGUGCUCAUGGUCAUGUUGAUGAUCAAGGACAGUUUAGCUUUAGGGGUUACCAUGGGGAUUAUGAAGUGGAAAUUACUGGUUAUGGUAAGAAAGUUACCAAGACAUUUGUGGUUGAUAAGGAUGAUUCUCCUCUGGUGUUACCUAUAAAUUUGUGAUAUUGUUAAAUUUAUGAAGACUUGCGUUAAUGUCUCAA